AAAGCAGAGCGUGAUGCGCUAGAAAUCAAGCUGCAGAAUGCAAUGGAACUGGCGGAUGAGCUCGUUGCUGUGGCUCUCGAGAUCCACGAGGAAAUACUGCAGCACAAAGAAAAUGCUGAAACAGCUGUUCAGACGCGGGAGGAGGAGUAUUGUUGUGCAGCUAUGACUGUUAGCUCGUGUUACUGUUGUGAAUCUCUGUAUGUUAGCCCUUAUGGUUACGAUAGUCAGGACUAA